UUGCGCUCAAAUUUAAUUAAUCUCAAGGAAAUAAAGGUGUAGGAUCCAAAGACAGCCUGUUUGGAGGAAUGCGCGUUUAGGAGUGAGUAAUGUUUAGGUAUCUGUUGAUGCUUUGUGCGUCCAUCCACGUCGGUUUUGCUGAAGACCCCUGUGAGGUGACGCACUGUGACCACAACCAGACAUGUGUAGUCCAGGACGGCCUGCCAGUCUGCCUGUCCAAGCCCAGGCUGUGUUCAGCCUGGGGUGAAUCUCACUACCACACCUUGGAUGGCAGGACCUUUGACUUCCACGGCACCUGCAACUACACGUUUGCCCGAGCCCCCUGCCAUGUCUCUUCAAAUGCAUCCAGCCCCGUCGAAGUGCAGAUCGCCGGGCCGCCCACUGCCAACGCCACGGCCUCCUUCGACAGGGUCCUUGUUGGUGUCCAGGGCUUUGACAUCACUAUGAUCAAGGGGGAGCUGCGGCAAGUCUGGGUAAACGGACUGAAGCGCCUCCUGCCCUGCUACCUGAGCAGCACGCUGCGGCUGUUCCCCAGUUGCUCCGGCGUCGUCUUGGAGACCGGCUUGGGCCUGUCGCUGCGGUACGACUGGCUCCACCACCUGGAGGUGCGCGUGAGCCAGGAGCUCUCUAGCUCGGUGUGCGGGCUCUGCGGCGGCUCUGGCCGCGACUCGACCCACGGCCUCCCGGCUCCGGGCGGUAACGCCACGGUUGCCGACCGCGCGGCGGCGGUGGUGGCGUUCGCCCGGUCCUGGAAAACGGGCGGCAACGGCAGCCUGUGCGGCGACGACUGCGGCAGCUCCUGCCCCCGCUGUGAGCCAGCUCGGCUGGCGGCGACCCCCGGGGUGCGAGCCUGCGGUCUCUUGCAGGACCCGAAGGGCCCCUUCGCCAACUGCCUGAAGACCGUCGAUCCUGCCCCGUACGUCCGAGCCUGCAAAGAUGACCUCUGCACUCAGAAGGGGGACCAUGCCCUGGCUUGCCGGGCCCUUAAGGCUUUUGCGGACGCCUGCCAGGGUUCUGGGACCAGAGUCUCUCCCUGGAGAGAGCUGGCCAACUGCUCCAUGGCUUGCGCUGCGAACAGCCACUACGAAACCUGUGGGUCCUUGUGCCCGGCCACCUGUGGCGACCCCGAUGCCCCCUCUCGGUGCCGGUCUGGCUGUGCGGAGACGUGCCAGUGCGACCAGGGCUUUCUGCUCUGCAAGGAAGGAUGUGUGCGGCCCAGCCAGUGCGGCUGCACCCACCAGGGCUCCUACAGGCCGCCCAACCAAACCUUCUGGGCCGACAAGUGCCAGCAGCGCUGCUCCUGCAGCCCCGCCUCCAGGAACGCCACCUGCAUCCCGGCUCGGUGCGAGCACGACGAGAAGUGCCUGGUUCAGGACGGGGCGUACGGCUGUCACAAGGGGCCCCGCGGGCUCUGCCUGGCUCAGGGGGAUCCCCACUACACCACCUUCGACGGCCGCAGGUUUGACUUUCACGGAAACUGCGUGUACCUUCUGGCGUCGCACUGUCCCAGCAGGGGAGCCCUGCCAGAUUUCAAAAUCGAGGUGCAGAAUGAAAGGAGAGGGACCGCAGAGUCCUUUUCUAAAAUGGUCCGAAUACGGUUGCUUGGCUAUGAGAUCCAAAUCUCUUUGGAGGUGGAGGACAAGGUCUUGGUCAAUGGCCUUUUGUUGGGUCUUCCAACUGUGCUGAGCCGAGGCAAGGUGAAAAUUUACAAGACUGGUCUCUCGCUGUACGUGGAGAGUGAUUUUGGGCUCAUGCUGAGAUACAACUGGAACAACCUUGUGACCCUGGCCAUACCCAGAUCCUUUGCUGGUGCGAUGUGUGGCAUCUGUGGGAAUUUCAAUGGAGACAAAAAUGAUGAUUUGGUCCCCCCAAUGAGCUCAGAUGCCAAUUCCUCAGUUUCUCUGAUCCGUUGGAAGACUAGUGAGAUUGCGGGGUGCACAGACAUGGUUGGUUUCAAGGUGGCGCGGUGUCCAAAUGAUAUCAGAGCAGUCCUCUCUAAGGGGGACCGCUGCGGGAUGAUAAUGGACUCAAAGGGGCCAUUCCGGCACUGCCACGAAACGGUCGACCCCCUCGACCCAUUUGAGAACUGCAUCAGCGACGUCUUUCUGAACAAAUGCAGCCAGGCUGUGCUGUGCCAGAAUUUGGCCGGCUAUGUGGCUGCCUGUCAGGAUGCAGGGGUCGAAGUGUACAGCUGGAGGUCCCCAAAGUUCUGCAGCAUGUCAUGCCCUGCCAACAGCGAAUACGCGUUGUGUUCCUCUCCCACCCCCAACUCGUGCGCCGAGCCGCCCAGUCUUCACGCCGCCGUCUGCCAGGAGGGCUGCCAGUGCUUGCCGGGCUUCUUCCGAAGCGGGGAGGAGUGCGUCCCCGAGCUGGAGUGCGGCUGCCUGCGGGACGGGGUCUACCACGCUUCCGGGGCGACGUUCUUCCCCGGCGAGCGCUGCCUGACGGAGUGCGUCUGCGAGGGUCGCGGCCAGGCGCGGUGCCGGAACAGCACCUGCCCCGCCGGCACGCGGUGCGGCAUCCAAAACGGCGAGCGGGCCUGCUACCCAGAGCCGGGCUCGGGCCGGUGCAGCCUCUCCGGAGGGGUGCACGUCCGGAGCUUCGACGGGCGCGGCUUCGACUUCCGGGGAACGUGCGGCUACGUGCUGGCGCAAACGUGCGGCGGGAGCGCGGCUAAGGGGAGCGAAGCUAACGGGAUCGCGGCUAAAGGGAGCGCGGCUAACGGGACCGAGGCUAACAGAACCGAGGCUGCCUUCUCCGUCCUCUUCCAGCCUGGGCGGGUGCACCUGCAGAUUUACGGAACCAAUCUGACCCUGACUUCAGGCAGGAGCGGAAAAGUCGAGGUGAAUGGUGUCCUGUGGAACUUGCCAGCUCAGCUGGGUGAGCUCAGAGUCCUUCAGCUUGGCCUGAGGGUGCAGGUGGAGGCUGACACAGGCGUGAUUCUGGCCUACGACCGGCAGGAUUUCGUGCAGGUGACCGUCCUCCGCAGCUAUGCCGGCCGCCUGUGUGGCCUGUGCGGCGACUUCGACGGGAACGCCACCAACGACCUCCGGCUCCCCGGCGGCGCCCUGACCUCCGACCCCGCUGCCCUGGCUGCGUCGUGGAAGGCUCCGGGCCUGGCCGCGAACUGCAGCGACGGCUGCGGGGGCGGCGGCUGCCCCGCCUGCAACGGCACGGAGGCGGCCCGUUUCCGGUCGGAGGAGCACUGCGGGUUGCUCUCCGCGCCCGCAGGCCCGUUUCGGGCGUGCCUCUCCGUGGUGGACCCCGGGCCCCAGUUGGAGAACUGCGUGUACGACCUGUGCGUUUCCCAUGGCGACCGGGGAAAGUACUGCAGCAACCUGCAGGCUUACACGCUGGCCUGCCAUGCGGCUGGGGCUCGCAUCGAGCCGUGGAGGAAUCGUACCUUCUGCCCUCUUGCCUGCCCUCCCAACUCCGAGUACAGCGUGCGUGUGGACACCUGCGCGGUGACCUGCGCCAACGUUUCCCACCUGGCCUGCCAGUCGUUCAGGGCCGAGGGCUGUCGGUGCGACCCUGGCUUCCAGCUGAGCGUGAAUCGCUGCGUCGAGGCGGAGGCGUGCGGCUGCUUCCAGCAUGGCCGGUACUACGAGCUGGGGGAGACGUUCUGGGCUGGAGGGUGCAAGAAGAGGUGCCACUGCUCCACUCCCGGAACUCUGCGCUGUGAGUCAGCGGCCUGUCCCGAGGGCAGGGGGUGUGGCCUCCUUAACGGCUCCAUGGAGUGCCUUCAGAAAGGUGCGGGUUCCAGUGUUGCCUACCCUGGAGCCAGCUGUUGGGUGCUGGGUGGCUCCUACUUCUCCACCUUUGACGGAACGAACUUCGACUUCCAGGGCAACUGCACCUACAUUCUGGCCCGAAAGUGUGGCAAGGGGGCGUCGUCUCCCCCCUUCACAGUCCUAAUCAAGAAAAGCCAGGAUCUGUCCUCUGCCCUGAAGACCAUUCUGAUCGACGUGUCUGAAGACCACAUUGUCAUGAAGCCUGGGAGCUCUUCCGUAUGGGUGAAUGGGCAGGAGGCGUACCUGCCGGCGACGCUCGGCGACGUGACGAUCCACCGGAGCAGCUUCUUCAUUUUCCUGGACACCACCUUCGGCCUGUCCUUGAAAUACAACGGGGCCCAGUACCUGCAGGUCAGCCUCCGCAACUUCACGGACGUGUGCGGCCUGUGCGGCGACUACAACGGCGACGCCGCCGACGACCUCCGCACACCAGAGGGCGCUGUGGCGGACGCGGUGGCGUUCGGGUGGAGCUGGAGGGACGACGGCAAGGACCGCGACGCUGCCUGCGUGGCGGAGUGCUCCGACGACUGCGCCAUGGCGGAGGACGACCCCCCGCCGGGCGAGGACCCGGAGUACGAAGUGGCCGUGCGCAUCAUGCUCUGGUCGGAGUACAGCCCGUUCCUGCGCUGCCACGUCAGCGUGGACCCCAGCGCCUACCUGAAGCUGUGCCAGGUGCACCACUGCACGAAGCUGUGGGACGCCCAGUUCCUGUGCCAGGCUCUGCAGUCCUACACCGCCUCCUGCCAGGCCGCCCGGGUGCAGAUGACCAGCUGGAGGAACAGCACCUUCUGCGUUGCGAAUUGCCCCAAGCACAGCCACUACGUGGUGUGUGGCACGGCCUGCCCGGACUCCUGCUGGGCUUCUGGCCACGCCUCCAACUGCUCGCUGCCCUGUGUGGAGACCUGCCAGUGCGACGACGGCUUCGUGUUCGAGGGCGAGUUCUGCGUGCCGGCGGCCAGCUGCGGCUGCCUCCACCGGGGGGCGUACCACCGGCGGGACCAGCCCUUCUGGGCGGACGAGGCGUGCACGGAGAGCUGCGUGUGCGAGCGUCCCGGCGCGGCCCCCCGCUGCGCCCCGUCCUCCUGCGGGGCCCGGGCCUCCUGCGCCCCUCACGCCGAAGGCCGCGUCUGCCUGCCCUACCGGCUGGGGUCCUGCGCCCUGGAGAGCCGCCGCCACUUCCGAACCUUCGACGGGCGCGCCUUCGACUUCCAGGGGAGCUGUGCGUACCGCCUGGCGGGCCUGUGCCCCGGGGGCGCCGGCCUGACCCCGUUCGAGGUCCGGGUCCUGAACGCCGGGAACGACGCCGAAUCCUCUCUGAAAGUGGUGGUCAGCGUGUACAACAUAACCGUGGAGAUCUGCAGCCACAAUAAUAAACGGGUUACGGUGGACGGUCUCCAUAGAAACAUGCCGUACGCCCUGAGCGGAGGCAAGGUUGCCGUGCGCACCGCAGGUCUGCGCACGCUCCUGCACACCGACUUCGGCCUUUCCGUCGCCCUGUACGCCAACGGCCGCCUCGCCGUCAUGCUGUCCAGCGAGUACGCCGGCGCCACCUGUGGCCUGUGCGGGAACUACAACGGGGACCCCGCCGACGACCUGACGGGCCGGGGAGGCCAGCCGGCCCAGAGCCCCACGGAGCUGGUGAGGAGCUGGAACAGCGGGGCGCUCCCCUGGUGCGUGGAGGGCUGCCCGGGGGGCUGCCCGGCCUGCACCCCCAAACAGCGGGCGGAGUACGCGGGGCCUGCCGCCUGCGGGAAGCUGCUGAACGCCUCCGGGCCUUUCCGAAUCUGCCACGCCAAAGUGGCGCCCCGACGGUUCCACGACGACUGCGUCAGCGACCUCUGCUGGCAAGCGGGCGCCGGCUCCGCCCUCUGCCGGUCGCUCGGCAACUACGUGGCUGCCUGUCAGGAAGAGAACGUGAAAAUCUACGACUGGAGAAGCCCGGACUUCUGCGAGCAACCAUGUCCACAGGGUAUGGUGUAUGAUCUCUGCCCGAUUUUCCAUAACAACACUUGUGGAGGCUUUCCCUCGUCCAGUGCUGCUUUCCUGCCCCCUGGAGUCUGCUACGAGAACUGCGUCUGCCCGCCAGGCCUCAUGCUCAGUGGCGCUCUGUGCGUGCAGCCGGGGAACUGCGGCUGUGUCCACCAGGGGGAGUACCUGCAGCUGGGGGAGGUCCUCCUGUCCUGCAAGGAGCGCUGUGUUUGCCAGGCUGGGGGCGUCGUGGCCUGCCACCCCGUCUUCUGCACGGAGGACAAAGAGUGCGGUGUGCAGAACAGCGUCCGGGGCUGUUACCCACGCACCCGUUUUGGGCGCUGCUCCCUGGCAGGACGCUCCCACUACAGAACCUUUGAUGGGUGGGACUUCCACUUCCCGGGUACCUGCAACUACACCCUGUCCGAAACCUGUGGCCCGCCGGACGCCGGCCAGGGUGUGAUGCCCUUCCAGGUGCUGCUCCUGAACGGGGCCUCAGACCAGCGGCAGAUCUGCGUGCACGCUUACGGGCUGAAGUUGACCCUGUCUCCGAAACAUCCCUACCAAGUUCGGGUGAAUGGGGUCCUUGAGAGACUCCCUUUCUCUGCCGGGAACCUGACGGUGCAUCGGCAGGGGCUGUACCUGGCCGUUCAGGCUCUGAACUCCGUCUCGGUGACCUUCGACCUGCGGAGCCAUGUGGUGGUCCGGCUCCCCGAGUCCUACAGGAGCAGGACGUGCGGCCUGUGCGGGAACUACAACGGCGACCCCGCCGACGACCUGUGGCUGCCGACCGCGAAGGGGGGCCCGGACUGCAGCGACGGCUGCGGGGACAGCUGCCCCCUGUGCGUUUCCCUGCGACCCCGCUACGCCUCGGACCGCCACUGCGGCCUGCUAAAGGCCCGUACCGGGGCCUUCAACGCCUGCCACCCCCUGGUGGACCCCGCCGGGUACUACAGGAACUGCAUGUAUGACCUGUGCGUGUCGGAGGGCCGGGUGGAGCAGCUGUGCGACGGACUGCAGGCCUACGCCAUGGCCUGCCAGGAGGCAGGAGUGCAGGUCGCCCCCUGGAGGAAUGGCACCAAAUGCAUGUUCCAGUGUCCCCAGUUCAGCCACUACACCCCGUGUGCGAACGCCUGCCUGACGGUGUGCGCCGAGGUUGGGCACGUGGUGGACUGCCCUGCCGGCUGUGCGGAGGGCUGCCAGUGCGACGCCGGCUUCUACUACGACGGCAACGGCUGUGUCCGGCCGGAGGAGUGCGGCUGCUUCCUGGGAGGUCACCGGUACGAGCUGGGAGAAGUAAGACUGCUGCAGAACUGCACCCUGAACUGCACCUGUGGGCCCCCAGCGAUAUGUAACGCACACACCUGUCCUGACUCGCACACCUGCGCAGUCAGGGAUGAGGUUAUGGUCUGUCAAUCUUCAGACCCGUGUGAGGGGAAGUGUGGAGCCCACGAGAAGUGCUCGCAGGGGGCGGGGGGUCCCAUGUGCCAGCCGCCCGCGCUGGACCUGUGCUGGGCCUGGGGCGACCCCCACUUCCGCAGCUUCAGCGGGACCGAUUUCGACUUCGACGGCACCUGCACCUACGUGCUGGCCGCCAGCGGCGGGGGCCAGGGGGCGCUCACCCCGUUCGUCGUCACGGAGAACAGCGAGCGGCGGCACGCCCCCUGGGCCUCGUCCGUCCGCACGGUCGGCUUGAGCGCCUACGGCUACGCGGUGACCCUGCGCCGACAGGACAGAGGCGCUGUGCGGGUGAAUGGGCUGCUCAGCCCGCUGCCGGUCAGUCUGAGGGACAAGAUCAGAGUGGAUUACUGGGGAGACCUGGUCAUGCUGCAGACGGACUUCGGGCUGCAGGUGAUCUACGACUGGGCUUCUCUGGUCCUGGUGGCGCUGCACCCGGCGUACCGCGGCAAGGUGUACGGCCUGUGUGCGUUCGACGGCGUGGCCCACGCUGGCAGCGACGGCGCCCGCAGCGUCAUCGAGUGGGCCAAGCUGCAGGCGGUCAGCGACGGGGACUGGCUGUGCUGCACGGACUGCGGGCUGACUCCGCCCCCCCUCACGCCGGAGGCGGAGCUCCACAGCCGAGAGCACUGCGCGGUCCUGGAGGAGCCCGCCGGGCCCUUCGCCCUCUGCGCCGAACGGGUCAGCGCCCAGCCGUUCAUCCGGGGCUGCGUGCAGGACCUGUCCCGCAGCGACGGAGACCACGAGGUCCUGGCGCAGACCCUCCGGUCCUACACCUCCAUCUGCCAGUACCACGGCUUCAGCUUCCAGAACCCCGGAGACCUGUACCACGACGAGGAGGACGUCUGCGGGCCACACGGGGAGUUUAACGCAUGUGUGUUGCCUUGCCGUCCGUCCUGCGACCACUUCACCAGCCCGGUCUGUGCCCAGCCGUGCAUGUGGGGCUGCGUCUGCGACGCCGGCUACGUCUUCGUCAACCAGACCUGCUCGCCUGCGGACGACUGCGGCUGCCUGGACUCCAUCGGGCAGCAGCGGCGGCCCAACGAGACCUUCUGGUCUCCCGAGAGCUGCGAGGACCGGUGCACCUGCGACCCGUCCAGCCGGACGGUCGCCUGCGUCCGGGUCCCCUGCCCCCACGGCCAGCGCUGCCAGGUUCUGAGCGGCGUCCGCGGCUGCUACCCCGCCAACCCCGUUAACUGCACCCUCCUCGGCGGCCUCCACUUCCGCACGUUCAACGGCCACACCUUCGACUUCCGCGGCGGCCACACGUACACGCUGGCGGCGGCCCCGUCCCACGCCCCCGGCCUCGUCCCCUUCGACGUCUCCAUCGGCAACGCCGCUGGCGGCGCGCGGCUCUUCCUGAGCCUGGACCUGACGGUGCAGGUGUAUGGGCAGGUCCUGACUGUCGCCAAGGAGACGCCGCACAGGCUCCAGGUGAACGGGCUGUACACACCCUUGCCAUACUCUUUCAACAAAGGCCAGAUCCUGGCCUACCACUCCCCCUCGUCUGUCGCCAUCCAAACAGACUUCGGCCUGCAGGUGGCGGUGUACAGGACCGGCGCGAUAACGGUGCUGGUCCCGGGAUGGUACAGCUCGGUCCUGCAGGGCAUGUGCGGUAAACCCGGGGACCCGAAAGGCGAGCUGGUGACGCGGUCUGGCCGGGCCCGCGACCCGCAGGAGUUCGCCGACGGCUGGAAGACGGGGGCGGAGGGUCACCCGCUGCCCUCGGACCCGAAACGGUGCAGCGCAGAGGAGCAGGACGUGUUUAAGGACGUUCACUACUGCCACGUGCUGCUGGACAAGCAAGGCCCGUUCAAAGAGUGCAUCGCCGGCCUGGACCCUCAGCUCUACUUCGACAGCUGCUUGGCGGACACCUGCGCGCACGACGGCCACCCCACCGCGCUCUGCAACGCCAUCGGCGACUACGCCACCGCCUGCCAAGCAGCUAGCCUCACCGUGCGCCAGUGGAGGAGCGAUACCUUCUGUGGGGCGGCCUGUCCUGUGAACAGCCACUACGAGCUGUGCGGGCCCAGCUGUCCGUACGCCUGCUCCGGAUCCCUCAGCUGGGCGGCCUGCAGCAGUCCGUGCCAGGAGGGCUGCCAGUGCGACUCCGCCCUCAAAAUCGACGCCGACAGACUCGUCCUCAGCGACGGCGCGUGCGUGCCGUACGCAGAGUGCGGCUGCCAGUACAAGGGGCAGUACUACCCCAGCGGCACCUUCGUCCUGGGUGCCCGGUGCCAGGAGAAGUGCCACUGUGGCGCGGGACACAAAAUGGUGUGCUCCUCGCCCGGCUGCGGAGACCUCGAGACCUGUGCGGUGGAGGCGGGCGUCGCCAAGUGCGUGCCGGCCCACCCCGGCACGUGCCAGGUGCUGGGCGGCUUUGGGUACAUCACCUUCGACGGCUACGCGUUGGCCCAUCACGGAAUCUGUACCUACGUUCUCACGCAGUCGAAGACGUCUGCCCUGCCUCCCUUUAAAGUGCUUGUGAGCGUAGAGCGAGUGGAGAACGCACUCGAUGACCCACUUAAGGCGAUCGUCUUGAUUCUGGAUGAAGAUAAAGUGGAGCUUUUCCCUGGAAUUCUUUGGAAAGUCAGGGUCAACCAAGAAGAUUUCACCUUACCCAUGAACAUUAACAACAGUGCAAUAAAGGCUUACCAAGAUGGCGGCAGCAGUGUCCUAGAGACUGACUUCGGACUGCAGAUUCGCUUCACCUCAACGCUCUACGUCCAGGUCAUCGUACCACCGGGCUACUCUGGCGCCACCUCUGGCCUGUGUGGGAACUACAACGGCAACGCUGCAGAUGACCUGAACCCUGACCCCCAUUCCAAGCAGCCGGCAGGCAGCCCCUCCGCCUUCCUGGAGAGCUGUGCCGAGGCGGCACCGGGCCAGCAGUGCGCCCUGGACUGUGUGGCUAACUGCGGGCCUUGCUCCGGCGUUUCGGAGCGGAAGGGGCACGCCAGCGACCCCUGCGACCUCCUCACCUCCACCAGCGGCCCGUUCAGCCGCUGCUGCAACGCGGUGCCCGUUCAGCCUUACCACGACGCGUGCGUGCGAACCCGCUGCUCCACUUCCAGGAGACAGGAGGCGCUGUGCUUGUCCCUGGAGGCCUACGCCGCAGCCUGCCGGGCCAAGGGAAUCCAGGUGGACGCCUGGAGGGAGCCGGGCUGCCGCCUUCAGUGCCCGGACCAAAGCUACGCCAGCAGCCUUGUUGAUUCGUGUUCCAGUACCUGUCCUGAGAUGAUCACUCCUGGCCUGUGCAAGCGGCGCUCUGAAGGCUGCCAGUGUAAUGGCAGUUCAGUUUUCAACGGCGACGUGUGUGCGCGGGUCAGGCAGUGCGGAUGCGUGCAUCGUGGAAGAUACAUCAAGAAUAAGGAGUUCUUCUAUGCCAAAGGCUGCACUAAGAGGUGCUGGUGUGAGCCACUGGGGGGUGCGGCCUGCGCCCAAACCUCCUGCAGCUCUGGACUGCAGUGCCUGCUCAAGGACGGGGCGUGGGGUUGCCACGGCGACGUGGGCGUCUGCCAGGUCCGGCCCGACCUUUCGUUCAGGACCCUGGACGGCCUCGAGUCGAACCUGCGGCCCGACGAAGCCUUCAACCUGGCUUCCUGCUGCGACCGCCAGUGCGACCUCUGGUUCCAGCUGGUCCUCUUCCGAGGUCUCUGCGCAGGGAGUCGCGCGGUCAACGCGCUGCAGCUGCUCCUGCACGGGGCCACCGUGGUCGUUCAGAACGGGGUGGUGUACGUGGACGGGGACCUGGUGUCCCUCCCCUUCUCCUUGUCCUCGGGAGUUUCUGUAAGCCGGAUCUGGGACUGGCCGGAGGUCAGGGUUGUGGUGAGGAAGGGUUCGGGGGCCCAGCCAGACCUGGAGCUGGAGGCCAGCACAUCAGGAAGUGUGUGGGUGAGGCCGUCUUCGGUGUAUUCUGACAAGCUGUGCGGCGCGUGCGGGAACUACAACGGUCUGGCUUGUGACGACCUCCCCCAUUCCAAAAACUGGACCAUGAGCUUAAAUGGCUGUGGCUUUGGAGACUCAGGGCUUUGAAACCCAGCUGGCUGAUGUACUUUGACCAUGUGUGCACUGUUCUGUGAAUCUGCUCCUACAGUGCAAUAAAGAUUUUAAACCCAU